ACCAGCUUUUCUCUCUCCCAAAUGCCAACCUCACCUCCAAAUUCCAAGCCCAUCUCCUCUCUCUCAAAGAUGGAGCAGAGAAUCCUAGAACUCGAACUCAUCUCAGCCAAGGACCUCAAAGACGUCAACUUCAUCUCCAAGAUGGACGUAUACGCCGUCGUUUCACUCCAGGGCGACGACUCGCACGGCAAGCAGAAAACCAAAACCAAGGUGGCGAAAGACUGCGGGACCCACCCCACCUGGAACUUCCCCAUGAAAUUCACCCUCGACGAGCUUCUUCUCAACCGCCUUAGCCUCGAGUUCAAGCUCGUCUGCGAUCGCAGCCUCGGCGACAAAGAUAUAGGCCAAGUCGUCGUCCCCGUUAAAGAGCUCUUCGACUCUGUGGGGGCGGCAGCAGCUGACCCCAACUCCAUGAAGUUCGUUGCUUACCAGGUCAGAAAACCAUCCGGAAAACCCAAAGGCGAACUUCAUUUCUCCUACAAAUUUGGCGACAAAGUCACCGCCCCAGUGACGGCAGCGCCCCCGAAGGGUUAUGAGUCCGUAACAGCAGCGCCGCCGAAGGGUUAUGAGCCUGUGACGGCUUAUCCGAUGGUCGGCCCAUCGGCGCCGACAGUGACGGGAUACAGCGCUUACCCGCCUCCAGCUGGCAGCUCAACGGGACCGCCGCCACCACCUGAAUACGGGUACCCACCACCACCUCCGGGAUACGGAUACCCGCCGCCACCGGGGUAUGGGUACCCGCCUCCGCCGCCGGGGUAUGGAUACCCUCCGGUGCAGCAACCCCGGGUCCAAGAGAAGAAGAAGAAUAAGUUUGGGAUGGGGCUGGGGGCUGGAUUGUUAGGAGGGAUGCUUGGUGGGAUGUUGAUCGGAGAUAUAGUAUCUGAUGGUGGUGGUGGUUGUGGCGGCGGCGGUGGAUGUGGUGGCGGUGGCUGCGGUGGUGGUUUUUAAUUUUCGGGUGUGGUAUGUUUUUUAACUUUUUGUUUAGAGUUGAAGUUUUGUUUUUGGAUUGUUUUGUUUGUAUUCGAUGGUAAAAUUGGAUUUCGACUUUUUGUCAAUGGGAAUGUAAUAAUAACAUUUAUCUUUUUAAAAAAUAAUAAUAAUAAUGUGACAUGACAUCA